CCCAUUUCCCCAAUUACUACUGCUCCUCCUCCUCCAUUCCUCCACCUUUCUCCGGGGUAGGAAAGGAGGAGUAGCAAAAGUUUCUGGACGCAGCCGAGGUUUAGUGACUGUGGAUGUUUCAGUGCUGACCCCUCACCUGAGGGACUGCAGGAGGUGGGGUUUAUUCGGAGAACAGGUGAGAUUUGGGACACGACCCAUACCCGGUUUUUCCGAUGUAAAUCUCCUGUAGUCCAAGUGGGGCGCUGGUCUCGGUGUGGUUCUCCAACCCCAACAAACCAGGGGAGAGGAAGAGCCCGUUCUGAUUCGUCAGGGUUUUCUCCAGAGCAUCCAAAAAUCCUAAUAUUUCUCCUGAUCCAGCUCCUCUCCUCCCCCGGUUCCCCGAGAACUGCUCUCCGUACCAAGCUGUUCGGGUACCGGACUAUCCGGAGGAGCUGCUCUAAACUCGGCUCCGCAAUUCAACAGAGCUGCUGAAGGUACAGAGCUGUUCAGUUCAGCACUUCACCCUCUGUUUACACCCUUACUACACACAGGAUACUACUAUGAGCAGGAAACAAACGUCCUUUUACCAGUCAAUCUUCUUUGCUCACGUACACAUUCUUCACACAAGGCUGAAGCGAAGAGAGAUUAAGUGUUAGAAUAUGGAAUCAACAAGUACUCUGCAAACUCUCACUCUUUCUGUCUGUGCCAACACAUCUCAAAGCCAGAUGCAAGAACCAGCAGAGCCAGAAAGUGCUUCCCAGUGUGGAGAAGAUUUUAAUCAACAGAGUGAUCUCCAACAACACAAACUCCUUCAUUCCGGAGAUAAACUGUAUGAGUGCUCAGAGUGUGGAAAGAGUUUUAGAGACCACAGUAUUUUUCAAAAACAUCAGAGCGUUCAUACUGGAGAGAAACCCUUUCCUUGCUUAGAAUGUGGUAAGAAAUUUUCUGAGCUGACUCAUCUUCAACAACACCAGAAUAUUCACAUUGGAGAGAAGCUUUAUCCUUGCUCUGAGUGUGGGAAACAUUUCAGUACCAGCAGUGAUCUGAGAACUCAUCAGCACAUUCACACUGGAGAGAAACCGUUUCACUGCUCGGAAUGUGGAAAGAACUUAGCGUCGGUCAAGACUUUAAAAAAUCAUCAGCGUCUUCACACCGGAGAGAAACGGCACCAGUGUUCACACUGUGAGCAAAGGUUUUAUCGACUGAGUAACCUCUUGCGACACCAACGCCUUCACACUGGAGAGAAACCGUACGAGUGCUCAGAGUGUGGGAAGAGUUUUAGAGACAAAGGUUGUCUACAAAAACAUCAGAACAUUCACACUACAGACAAACCGUAUUACUGCUCGGAGUGUGGGAGAAAUUUUAAGGAACAGUCUCAACUACAAAAACACCAGCUCAUUCACACCAGAGAGAAACCCUACCACUGUUCAGACUGUGGGAAGAGUUUUUCUCAACGGGUACAUCUCCAAAAACACCAGCGCAUUCACACUGGGGAAAAGCCGCAUCCCUGCUUAGAGUGCGGGAAGUGUUUUCGGAGCAAGAGUGACCUCAUAGUACACCAGCGCACUCACACUGGAGAGAAGCCAUACCAGUGCUCAGAGUGUGGACGGGGUUUUACUAUACGCAGAAGUCUAAUAAUACAUGAACGCAUUCACACUGGGGAGAAACCGUACGAGUGCUCAGACUGCGGGAAGAGAUUUAGUCAACAUAUGAAUCUCUGCCAACACCAGAUCAUUCACACAGGAGAGAAGCGGCAUCACUGCUUGCUGUGCGAUAAGAAAUUUCGAGACAAUUUUGAACUCCAGUCGCACCAGCGCACUCACACUGGCGAAAAACCGUACAAGUGCUCUGAGUGCGGGAAGAGUUUUACUGUAUGCAGAAGUCUGAUAAUACACCAGCGCAUUCACACUGGAGAAAAACCGUUUCAGUGCUCAGAGUGUGGGCGGAGCUUUAGAGAUAAAGGUACCCUCCGACAGCAUCGCAAAACUCACACCGAAGAGAAACCGUAUUACUGCUCAGUGUGUGGGAGAAACUUUAGGCAUGAGAAGACUAUACAUAAACACAAGUGCAUUAAUAAUGGGUUAUACACUAAUGAUGUGGGGAGUGAAGCGUAGUGGCUAAUGGGACUGCCAUGCUCAUUCUUGGUCAUAGAGAUUUGUCACCCUAAAGAAUUCAUAUUCAACACAGAUUAUUACCACCCACACCACAGGAAAAUUUAGACAGUUUCACUGACAACUGCAAAAGAUUUCCUGAUUUCAGGUUGAUCUUAAUCAAUGAUGAUCUGGAACUACCUAAACUCUGCCGGAUAGUGGAUCUUCAGAAUUUGGACUAAGCUCCACUGAUUUAGGUGCUUUUCAAGGUUAUGGGCCUUUAGUCAGUUUUAUUCUUAUCACCUGGGUGCAAGGCCAUGAACAAAAAGAACCUUGAAAGAAGCUUCAGGCUGUAGAUACUAGUUUUGUUUGUGAUUUCUGCACAACCUAAGCAGAAUCUCUUGAAAGACUUUUUCAUCUACUAAUGAAACUGUGUUUUAACAUAAAGAAAAUUUGUUUUAAUGCAGGGAAACUGUUAAGGUGGAAUGGAAAAGUGUUUUAAGGUGGUAAACAAUAAAAUAAAUGCUUCAUACACUACAGUAGACCUAGUGUGGAAUAAGUUACUCAGAUUAGUAGUUUUACAGUAAACUGCUGUAUUACAAUUUUUAAGGUAAGACUUAUUUUCUAUCUAUUUAUUAGAUUACUUUGAAAUUUACUGGUUUUCAUUUACACCCCAUAAGAAAAACUUGACCCCCCAAUUAUCAUUGUAUAAUUCGCACCCUGGCUUUAUAGGCAAGAAUCCACAUUAAGCCAGUGACGGGAAUGUGACAGAGAGAGAAACUGAGAAUAAUAACUGGUCAUUUAUACAUUCAACAUUUACAUUUUAAUUUUCAAUUUUUGAUUCUGUAUCUGUUGUUCAUUGAAAACUUCAUAGAGGAAUAAUAUACUAAUAAUAAUUAGUAAAUUACCAGUUUGCAGUAUUUGAUAUUCCACUUUGUCUUUUAUUAGAUAUUAAAAAGUGGGGCUCAGCAAAGUGUUUUUUUUUUUUUUCAUGAAUUGUGGAAUGCAGAAUUCCCUCACUGGAAAACAGUCAAGCUUGAACUUGUAAAUUUGUAGAAUUCAACUGACAUAUUAUUGGCUGCUACAAAACAAGUUUUGAGACUGUAAUCUACAAAGAGGGCAGUACCAGUGCUGGCCAUGCAUGGUGCUCAUACUUUUGAUUCAGGCUAAUUUCCAUUUCUAUUGUUUUUAUACUGUAAAAAAUGAAAAUAAAAUGUAAUAUUGCUUAAAGCGUAAAGAAAUGUUUCAUCUUUUUUUUUUUUUUUGCUCUGAAGGGACUGUAGGGUGCUGGAACCUUAGUGUAUUCCCUUGUAUUUUAUUUAUUUAUUUAUUUAUUUUUUUUUUUCAUAUUUUUUAUUCUAAAAAACAAACCGUGGAGCAAAAUCCUUACGUCAUCCAAACUCUAAAUUUGGAAGGUAAGUGUAGGUUGAGAUUUUGGUUUGUGUACAUUUUUUUCUUCAUUUUAUAAAUGGAAA